AUGGCUGCCUCAGCUCUAGUUUCUUUAUCCAAGAAAAUUAUCAAACCAUUCUCUCCAACUCCUUUUUCCGAAAGAAUUUACAAGCUUUCCUUCAUUGAUCAAUUCAAUAGUACACAAUAUAUCCCCUUAGUGUUCUUCUAUUCCAAAAAUAAGGACAAUGUAGUAACACCCUCAAUUGAACCAAGUGAUAUGUGUAAGGUUAUUGAGAAUUCCCUUUCAAAAACUUUAUCUGCUUAUUAUCCUUUUGCUGGUACAUUAAGAGACAAUGUUCAUGUCGAGUGCAACGAUAUCGGUGCUGAUUUUUUCAAGGCUCGAUUCGAUUGUCCCAUGUCUGAAAUCCUUAAAAGUCCCGAUACAAAUGUCAAAGAAUUAGUAUAUCCUAAGGAUAUACCAUGGAAUGUUGUUACAUCUAAUAGAAAGUUGGUCACAGUUCAAUUUAACCAAUUUGAUUGUGGAGGAAUAGCUCUAAGUGCAUGUGUAUCACACAAAAUUGGAGAUAUGUGCACAGUAUCCAAAUUUUUACAAGACUGGGCUGCAAUUGCUCGUGAUUCGAACUUAAAAUUGUGUCCUCAAUUUAUUGGAUCGUCCAUUUUCCCACCCACAAAUGAACCUGUGAAUGAGCCACCUAUUCAAAAAUGUGUUACAAGAAGGUUAGUCUUUUCAAAUCAUACAUUAAGAUCACUCCUCUCUGAAUCAUCACAAGUGAAAAAUCCAACUCGGGUAGAAAUACUCACAGCACUUACUUAUAAAUGUGGUAUGAAAGUGAAUUCGUGUUCAUUCAAGCCAUCUAUCUUAUUCCAAACUGUGAAUUUAAGAUCUCUUAUUCCUCUGCCAGAUGAUACUCCUGGAAAUUUUAGUUCUUCCCUUUUUGUCCCUACAUAUAAUGAAGAAGAAAUGAAUUUAUCAAGAUUGGUUAGUCAGCUAAGAAAGGAAAAAGAACAACUCGUUGCUAACUACAAAAUGUGUAAAGGGGGUCAAGAUUUGGUUUCAACAACAAUAAGACCAUUUCAAGAAAUAAGGAAGUUGUUUAAGGAUAUGGAUUUUGAUAUGUAUAGGUGUAGUAGUUUGGCUAAUUAUCCAAUAAAUGAUUUAGACUUUGGAUGGGGUAACCCUAAUAAAAUAAGUUUGGCGGACGGUGUAUUUAGAAAUACUUUUCUGCUAUAUGAUAACAAGACAGGAGAUCAAAUAGAAGCGCAGAUAAGUUUGGAUGAGGAAAGUACAAUGUCUGCAUUUUUGAGAGAGAUGGAGCAGCUUCUUGAAUUUGAAAUUUUGCUAUGA